AUGCCUCAGACCAUUCAACUGGGCGAGUAUUCGAGGAUUGAAGCAAUUACAGGCUACGACGAGGCAGAAAGUAUGGAGGUGAACCCACCGGGACCGAAACGUACGCUUAUUCCGACGCGACAACAAUAUCGGUGCCGGAAUGGGGGAGUAUGA